AUGGAGAACCCUUUAUCUACUCAAGAGCAGCAGCUCUGCCAGCUACUGGCAGAUCUGCCCGCGCGAUUCGACUACCGCUAUACCGAGGAAGCUUCCCGAGAGCUCCUAACCAGCCUGUUCUGGUCACUGGCUGGCGGCAACCAUGAAUACAUGCGACUUCUGUUCCCGGAGGGCAGACCGUCCGACAGUCUGAAGCUUGGUGAUGCUCAGGGCGCUGUAGAAGGUGCCGAAUACACAGAGGCGGCUCGAGGGAAGCGAUGUGGCCACAUCUUCAAGCCUGGUGAGGCAUCCUACAUGUAUCACACGGGGCACAUGGUGAGAAUUCAGAUCUCGGUGGGAAACAGUGGCUGCUGCGACUGCGGAGAUGACGAAGCUUGGAAAACGCCCCUGUUUUGCACCAUCCACUCUGAUGUGGCCUCUGGUUCUCACACGAGCGGUGCCGGAAAACCUGCCUCGCUUCCUGAAGAUCUCGUCAACGGCGUACAGAUGACGAUUGGCAGAGCGUUCGAUUAUAUCUGCGAUGUUAUAUCUUGUUCGCCCGAGCAGCUUCGUCAGACAAAAACAAAGGAAUCAAUCCUAAAGGACGAAGAAGCAUCCCGUUUAAAAUCAACAUAUUAUGGCUCCGAUACCCAGGCUUGCACUGAUUUUUCAUUAGUGCUAUGGAAUGAUGAGAAGCACACUGUUGAUGAGGUUAGAGAUCAGGUAGCUAGAGCCUGUAGGAAAACUCGGAAACAAGCCAACAAUGACGCCUGGGAAACCGACGCAGUUGGGCGAAGUCUUUUGGUGUUUUCAGACAAUGUCGAACGGCUGCUACAAAUGUCCAAGACAUUAGAGUCUAUCAGAGUCACAGUCACCAUUCGAUCAGCGAGAGACACGUUUCGUGAACAGAUGUGUGGUACUUUGAUCGAGUGGUUAAGUGAUAUAUCUGGUUGCUCAGUUGGUCAUGAUAAUCACAUCCUUCGACGAACCAUAUGCGAGGAGCUGAUGAGGCCAUGGAGGAAAGGAAGCGCCGCAACUCAUACUCUGGGCCUUAUCGACGAUGAGGAGGCAGAUGACCAGCGUCUUGAGACGAGAGCUAGGAUGCACAACGUCAACGCUCGGUUUAUUCUUGCCCUGCAAGCUGCGGCCGGGGCCCAAGGCCUAACACUGGAUCCUGAUGACGGAGAUGAUGAUGACGAUGACGACGACGACGCUGAUAUGGAUGAUGACGAGGAUGAUGAGGACGAUGAGAAUCGUUCCGUCUCGGAUGACGAUGACGUUAUGAUGGUAGACGCACAGGGAGAUGUUCCUGAACUCGACAUGGCAUUAAGGCCCAACGAGGCUUUGGAAGAGGACGAGGCCACUCUAGCUGGAUACCCUCCGCCGCCUCCACCUCCACCUGUUCCUGCACCUGCCGCCGAACAGGCACAGGAGCAGACGACUCAGACUACUCAGCAGCCGAACGUGAAAAUUCCCAAAACACCUGGCAAGAUGGAAAAGCUACUUCCAAACCCUGGGCUCUACUGGCUCGAGACUCCGGCGGCCUAUACACAAUCGGGCAACGUGCCACCGGCGGAGGAUGUUUUCCAGCGGGUUCGCUUAGACUGGCUGCUUCUUUUCGACUUACGAAUGUGGAAAAGGGCCAGAAAUGACCUCCGUGCACUCUACAUUUCUACAGUAGUCCAGAUUCCAGAAUUCAAGCGAGUUGUGGCCCUUCGAUUCGCUAGCCUCUACACCAUCCUAGCCCAGCUGUAUCUCGUUGGCGAUAGGGAGCCAGAUCAUUCCAUCAUCAACCUCUCUCUCCAGAUGCUGACGACGGCAUCCAUCACUGCAGAAGUAGUGGAGAGGGGCAACUUUUUGACCAGCUUGCUGGCAAUUCUGUUUACAUUCUUGACAACCAGACAAGUUGGUCACCCGUGGGAUCUCUCCCCUGUUGCUGUUCUUGCCUUUGAUAGCGGAUCCGUCACCAAUAGGCGCAUGUAUCACUUCUACCAAGAUCUGAAAUAUCUUUUUAGCUCUCAGCAUGUUCAAGAGCGGCUUAGAAGUGAACCAAGAUACCUGAUGCAAUUCCUAGAUUUGGUGAAGCUUCAUCAAGGCAUUGGACCCAAUGUUCGCGCAGUCGUCGAGCACGUUGAAUAUGAAGCUGAUUCCUGGAUUACGGCCUCUCUGGUUACCAGGCAGAUCAACUUGCAAGCCAGGAACUUGGCUGAGGCGUUUCGAAAUUGCCCGCCCAACGAGAUACGCAAUCUCAUGAACGCCAUCCGCCUGGCCGCCAAAGCUGCCACGUUCAACUCCGUUGGUGCGGAUCGACUCAGGUUCAAACAAGCAGAAAUCAAAGACGAAGUAAAAUUCAAGACGAUGAGUGACUUGGAGUUCGAUGUCGAAGGCAAAUCGUAUGAUGUUGUCAAAUUCGUGGUCGAGAAAGAUGCCAUCAGCUUCCACCACGGGCUGCAUUACACCUUGUCUUGGCUGAUCGAGCAAGAGCUCAAGUCAAAGCCAAGGCUCAUGACAAUAGGGCCUUUGCAGAUUCCCAAGAAGGAGUACAGCCCAGAGGACUAUUUAAUGGCCGUAUUUGAUUACCCCCUCCGAGUCUGUGCUUGGUUAGCCCAGAUAAAGGCGAAUAUGUGGGUUCGAAAUGGCAUUAGUCUUCGUCACCAGGCCAGUACAUAUCGCGGAGUCGGGCAGAGAGAUGUUUGUCACCACCGAGACAUUUUCCUCUUGCAAACGGCAAUGGUAGUUUGUGAUCCCUCUCGCGUCUUGGCAUCCAUUAUUGACCGAUUCGGAAUGGAAAAUUGGGUAAAGGGUAUUUUUGAAGUUCUAUCAGAAGCUCAAGAUGAUACUCAACACCUCGAUGUUGUUGAGGAUAUGAUUCAUCUUCUCAUUGUUCUCCUGAGCGACCGCACUUGCUUGAUUGCUCCAGAGGAUGAACCAAAUUCUCGUCUGCUGGCCAUGCGCCGGGACAUUAUUCACGUCUUGUGUCUCAAGCCACUGUCGUUUAACGAGAUCUGUCAGAAGCUUCCAGAAAAAUACCAGGAGUCAGAAGAGUUCCAACAAGUCUUGGACGAAAUGGCAACUUUCAAGCCACCGGAAGGCGUAUCUGAUGUGGGCACUUUCGAACUCCGACAAGAAUUCAUUGAGGAAAUCGACCCCUACAUCGCGCACUAUAACAAGAAUCAACGCGAGGAAUCCGAACUUGCUUACCGCAAAAAGAUGGCCAAGAAGACGGGCAAGACUGUGGAAGAAAUUGUGUUUGAACCUAAGCUUCGACCGAUACCGUCUGGUCUAUUCCAACAUCUCGCAGAGUUCACCAGCACGGGUGUCUUUGCACAGGUUGUUCUUCAUCUCGUUUUGCUCGCCACAAUGGAAGAUGACAGCGCUGAGGUUGAUGCUUCGGGGAAACCCCCCAAAUCAUUUGUCCACACGGCGCUCACAAGAGUCGCCCGAAGCAACUUUAUGCCUGACGCAAACUUCAAGGCAGUACAUCCCAAAAUUUCCCUCGUUCUCAAGCGCCUUAAGCAGAAACGACCAGGGGCGUUUAAUGCAGAGUUUGUAAAACUUGGACUGCCCGUAGAUCGCAUCAGCACCGCGUCUCCGGCAAACAUAUCUGCCGACGAAGAGCGCGAAAGAAGAAAGCAAGCGGCAAUGAAUCGCCAGGCAAAGGUUAUGGCACAGUUUCAGCAGCAACAAAAGAGCUUCUUGGAGAACCAAGGAUCCAUUGACUGGGGAUCGGAUCUGGAUGAAGACGACGAAGAGGACAUGGAACAAGCCGAAGACCGCAAGCACAACUGGAAAUACCCGACGGGGACUUGCAUCCUGUGUCAGGAGGAGGCUGACGACCGACGUCUGUAUGGUACUUUUGCCCUCCUGAAUGAGAGUCUCAUCCUUCGUCAAACGGAUUUCCAGGACCCCGAUCUCGUCCGGGAAGCUUCACAGACUCCAUGUAAUCUCGACAGGUCAGCGGAGGAUAUUCGCCCCUUUGGUAUAGCUCAAGAAAACAGAAAGAUGGUGGAAAAACUGAAUUCCAAUGGAGAGACAUUCCUCGCCGAACGACAGACCAUUGGUAGGGGAUUCGACGCCUCACUUUCUCGAGCCGGCCCAGUGGCCAGCAGCUGUGGGCACAUGAUGCAUUAUCGUUGCUUUGAGCAGUAUUACGAGGCAACUAAUCGUCGACAUACCCACCAGAUCGCCCGGCACCAUCCCGAGAACAUUCUUCGAAACGAGUUUGUGUGCCCCCUUUGCAAGGCCCUAGGCAAUGCUUUUGUUCCUAUCGUCUGGAAAGGAUUAGAGGAGUCAUACCCUGGAAAUCUCCAAGCAGAAGAGAGCUUUGAGGACUUCCUAGACAAGCAAAUAUCAUCCUACCCAUUCGGCGGUAGCAAGGCUCGUGAAGUAGAUGAUUCAAAGCUGCCCGAUAUUGACACGCCAAGUCUCCCCGGAAGCCUGCUACAAACGCUGACGCCAUCAAAGCCUCGCCUGGAGCCGAUAUGGGUCAAAGAUGAACUAGAUGCACGAUCAUCGGCGACGCUAGGAGCAUCAGGUAGCUCUUCAGCCGCGGCCGCGGCCGCCGAGACAUCGGAAGCAGGCGCCAAUCAACCAUCUGGCGCUGGUAACAGCCAGCUAUUCUCGGAGCUCUUAUCCGCCUACCAUCGACUGAGGGAUACGUUGGUCGUCAAUAAGCUGGACACUCGAUACCCAGUAGAUAAGAUGCAAGCAGGCGAUGAACUCCACGCGAGUGAUACGCUAGUCCAAGUUGUUGGAUUCUCGAUUUCCGAGGUAGAAAUACAGCAGCGUGGAAUUGAAGCUCAGCCAGGAAUGACCUUGAUUGAGAAGAUCCCAGAACAGGUAAUAGCCCAUUUGCGAAUCCUUGCGGAAACAACCUCGGCAUACAUUAAGAUAGGAGGCCGAAACCCACAUCCCGGAGGUCGAAUAGAAAGCGAGUUCAUUGCAGAUGCCGAGCAGCAGCACGGCCAGCUGUUCAUGGCGCAGCACUUCGGAGCAGAGGCUGGCGAUGCACGUCGCCGGCUGUACAGCUACCCGCCGCUGCUGACGACGGACCCCUUCAUCUUCUUGGUAGAAUGCAGCUACGCAUUGGUGCCGGCCGGAAAAGUCGACAUCAUGCAUGUUGUCAGGCUCUGCUACUUGGCUGAGAUUGUAAAGGUGGUCUUUCACAUGGGCCGCAACAUGCCUGUGGGCCUGUGGUUUGGUACGCUGGCAAGCCGGCAGACUCAAGACCCAGCCAUGAACAACUUUGCCGAUUUCGCCUUGGCCCUGAGCAAGCUAAGCGUUGAGUUCCAGGCAAUGGCUGGCAUCGAUGCCAUGGCUCCAGAGUUGGGAGAAAACCGAGGCUUCCAGCAGCCAGGAGUUGACACCUUGGAGGGCUGGUAUUCGUUUGUGAAGAAGUACGCAUCGGUGUUUUUGCGAAAAUGCGUGAUAUUCCUUCAUGUCAAGUAUGGUGUGGACUUUAACAGUCACGUCUCAUCUGAUGCCGGUGCUGAUGAACUGGACCGCCUCACGGAGGCGCUGCGGCUGCCGACGUUUGAUGAAAUGUGCGCAGUCAUGACGGUCGAUUCGACGACGUGUGGAUGGCCCAGCACUACUCCGGGGUUGGUGACAGCGGUAGUCAGUCAUCCCGGCAUAUUUGAGCUAAUUGGGCUUCCGCGAACAUUCGACACGUUGAUCGAGGAAGCAACAAGACGAAGGUGCCCCACGACGGGCAAAGACCUCACAGACCCGAUCAUUUGCCUCUUCUGUGGAGAGUUGCUCUGCAGCCAGGGCACAUGCUGUCAGAAGCCUGAUACGGAUGGUUCCAAGAUUGGCGGUGCCCAGCAACAUAUGCGAAGAUGUCAGAGAAAUAUCGGAGUGUUCCUGAAUGUACGCAAGUGUUCUACAGUCUAUCUGUUCCAUAAGUCCGGGUCGUUCACGCCUGCGCCGUACAUUGAUAAGUAUGGCGAGACGGAUCCGCAGCUGCGUCACGGCCGUCAAUUGUUCUUGAAUCAGAAGAGAUACGAUACCAUGAUUAGGAACACAGUUCUCAAGCAUGGGGUUCCAAGUUUGAUCAGUCGAAAGUUGGAAGCAGAAAUUAACAAUGGCGGCUGGGAUACCUUGUAA